AUGCACGGACCGCUGGUUCAUAGCAUUCUUGCAUGUCCCUGGAAACGUAGCAGUGGACCAGGAGCGUGGAGGACUGCGCUGUCGCAGGUCUCUAUCAACGCGAUUUACACUGCUGGCCAUGAUUUCCCAUUGUACGCCUCCAGACGCUCCUGCUUCGACCUUCCGACCGCACAAGUGCGCUCGGCAUCCCCGUGGCUCCCAAGUACGCUACCUGUUGGCUUUGAAGAGAUGAACACGCAACACAUCUUAAUCCCGAGCCUCAUGCAUCUAGUCGGUAGACUAGACACCGUGGUACCAGAGGAUAUCUCUGCAAUGGCUCGACUAGACGAGAUACAGCAAGCCCUGAUCGAUUGGCAAGUCGAGGAUGUGACUGCCACCACAUAUUGCCCAACGCGGACGGCACUCGAGGACGAAGCCCUACGCCAGGUCUAUCUUCACAUGCGUCUAGCUGCAUUAGCAGUCUGUGGCUUCAUCCGCUUCUCCAUGAACACCACCGCGCACGAGUUCCUUUAG